AUGUUCACUCCAGAACAGUUCCAAAAGAUGGUGAACCAAUUGGGUAACUUUUCCCAAUUGGGGCAAAUGUUCCAACCUGGAAAUAUGGCAAUGCUCCAAGCUCUUCAAGCCAAUGGAGCCGCUCCCACCCCAUCACUAUUCCCUACAAUGCCAGUCAUGUCUCCACUCGCCGCACCGUCUUCACCAACUACCUCGAAUUUGACUGCUGACCAGAUUGUAAAAACUUGUGAGCAACUCGAAACCGAUGGAGAUGUAGAUGGACUCUUCAGAUUCAUUUGCACGAUUCCACCUCAGAAAGCUCAAGAGGUUGCUGCCCAAGAGUCAUUCCUCCGUGCGAGAGCCCUUGUCUGUUUCCAUGCUGGUCACUUCCGGGAGCUCUACUCAAUUCUGGAGAAUAAUGCAUUCUCGAAGAAGCAUCACCCAAAACUUCAGGAGAUGUGGCAUGAAGCUCACUAUCGAGAUCAAGAGAAGAGUCGUCAAAAAUCUCUUUGUGCUGUUGACAAGUACCGUAUUCGGAAGAAGUUCCCAAUGCCUCUGACAAUUUGGGAUGGAGAACAGAAGACGCAUUGUUUCAAGGAGAGAACCAGAUCAACUCUUCGAGAAUGGUAUCUCAAGGAUCCGUACCCGAAUCCACCAAAGAAGAAGGAAUUGGCACAAGCUACCGGAUUGACUCAGAUGCAAGUUGGAAAUUGGUUCAAGAAUCGAAGACAACGAGAUCGUGCGGCGGCAGCCAAGAACAAAAUGAAUACAACUGGCGUCGAAUUGAGGAAGAUUGCAUCAGACAUGUCGGAUUCAGAUGAUGACUUCGAGGGAUCGAUGACAGAUUCUCCAAGUCCAAUCGAUGAACCAAAGGAUCUCAGCAAGAGUCAUAUUCCCAAGCUCCAGGCAUCACUGCUCCCAAAAAUGAACACUCCAUUCGAUAUGUUCGCUGCAGCAGCCGCCAAUCCCUUCAUGUUGAAUCCAGCAAUCUACAUGUCAUUCCAUAACUUUUUCAACCAAAUCAACAAGAACUCUCAAGCAGAAGAAGAGGAAAAUACGGAUGUGAAGGCUCUUGCUGAUGCAGAAGAUGAGGUAGAAACAACAACAAAGAAGAGAUCAAAACUGAGUAUUGAUGAGAUAUUGAACAUCAAAUCAGAAGUAUCUCCCUCUCAGUGCUCACCUUGUUCAAAUGAAUCUUUGUCUCCAACACAUAAAGUGAAGAAAGAAGUGAAGAAAGAAGAUGAUGAAGCAGUGGCAGAAGAUGAUUUUGAUAUUAUGAAGACUCGAGAACUGGAUGAUUCAGCUCAUGCCUCACCGAAGUCUUCCACGUCUCAAUCGGAAUGA